AUGGAGACCCACGGAAUGAACAAAACUUGGAAAGAACCAUGGCUAUAUCGACAAGAGUUUUCCCUAAAUCCCGGCUACGGGAAGCAUUAUCUUCUUGAAACAAACGGUAUUACUUCCAAAGCCGACAUAUACCUUAAUGGAAGGCAGAUCGCGAACAAAGACUUCCAGUCGGGCUCCUACGGCGGUCAUACUUACGAUUUUACACCAAUGGCGUCCGAGGCCAACGCAGUAUUGAUCAGAGUCCAUCCAACCGACUAUAACCACGAUUUAGCCCAAGGGUUCAACGACUGGAACCCUGCUCCCCCAGAUAACGGCUCGGGUGUUUGGAGAGACGUCAACGUCAAGCAGACAGGAGCAGUCACACUGGGGCCUCUCAGCGUUACGACACAGUUCGAAAUGUCUGGUACAUCCGCCAAAGUAACGCUCAGAACUCUUGCGCGUAAUCUCGAGAACCGCACAGUAGAGGCUUUUCCUGUAGCUAGUGUUGUCAAAUCUGGAUAUGGAACCAGCUCAAUGGACGAUCAACCGCCGACUGGUAUGUCAUCGGCGCAGGUCGAUCAAGGACACCCCCCAAGAGAGGUCGCACCAGAGCUGCCGAGUCAACCGAGGGCAAAUCCAUUCUCUAGUCCGAGCAUGACUUUGGCCCCGUUUGCGUCAGAAGAGAUACAAAUUCAGGUGGAUGUACCCUUUACAGCUUCAGACAUCUGGUGGCCCAGACAAUGGGGGGCCCAACCGCUUUUUGAAGCUCGUUUGAGCGCUUCAGUCGAGAAUGUUACGUCCGACUCGCGCAAUAGCACAUUUGCAUUCCGCAAAGUUACCUCGCAACUCAACACGCACGGCGACAGGGUGUUCGAGGUCAAUGGAUUGCCUUUCCAAGUCCUUGGCGCAGGCUACACACCUGAUAUUUUUCUUCGCUGGGAUUCCUCGCGCUUCACGAAAAUCGCCGAGUAUGUCCUCGAUAUUGGUUUGAACACCAUUCGCCUUGAAGGGAAGAUGGAGCACCCUGAGCUCUAUGAAAUAUGCGACCGCCUCGGGAUCAUGGUGCUUCCGGGGUGGGAGUGCUGUGACAAGUGGGAGGCGUGGAAUUAUUCUGAGGAAGAUGGAUUGCAGGAUUCGCUCUGGGGCCCAAGAGACUACGUGACCGCAGGCGCGAGUAUGAGACACGAGGCAGAGAUGCUGCAGACUCACCCGAGUGUGCUCGGAUUCCUCAUCGGAAGCGACUUGUGGCCUGACGAAAAAGCUACAUCUAUCUACUUGGACGCGCUGCGUGAUUCCCAUUGGGAGACCCCCAUCAUCGCGGCCGCUUCGAAACGAGGAUACCCAGAGAGCCUUGGUCCCUCGGGUCUCAAGAUGGACGGGCCCUACACCUGGGUCCCACCCAAUUACUGGUACGAUGAUCGUUUGGGCGCAGCAUUUGGUUUCGGCUCGGAAUUAGGUUCAGGAGUGGGCACGCCGGAGCUUCCAAGCCUGUCUAAUUUUCUCAACUUGUCCGACAUAAACGACCUCUGGCAGCGACCUGACAAAACCUUGUACCACAUGUCGCCUGGAGAAACGUUCUCUUCGAGAGAGAUGUACAACAAGGCACUUUGGCAGAGACAUGGCACACCGAGAAACCUGUCGGAUUAUCUAUUAAGCGCUCAGAUGAUGGAUUACGAAGCAACAAGGGCUCAGUUCGAAGCUUACGCAUCGAAUUGGUCCGCCGAGCGACCUGCCACAGGUAUGAUCUACUGGCUCCUGAAUAGUGCUUGGCCAAAUCUCCACUGGAACCUGUUCGACUAUUAUCUGCACCCGGCCGGAUCGUACUUUGGUGCGAAGACAGGGAGUCGUCUGGAGCAUGCAGCAUACAAUUAUGCGCACAAAAGCGUGUCUAUAAUCAAUCGUUCUAUGGACAGGAAAGGACCCAGAACGCUUGAACUAGACGUCAUCAAUUUAGAUGGUGUACACGUUUUGAACAAGACGGUUCCUCUGGUCACAAAGCCGAAUUCCAGCAGUACGCUCUUGAAGGUCAAGGAGUUGAAGAAGAUCAAAGACGUGGUGCUUCUCCGUCUGGUUCUCAAGGACAGUCGCGAGAACAGAGUUUUGAGUCGGAAUGUCUACUGGUUGUCAAAGAAAUCUGACAAGUUGAAAUGGCGCAAAUCAGACUGGUACUACACGCCGGUCCGAAAAUAUGCCGACUACACAUCCCUGAACAAAAUUCAACCAGCUAAUGUGUCAAUCUCAGCCACGAUGGACAACGGAAAUGGGCGCAGCGUCACAGUCACUCUUGAAAACCGCUCACCCUUCCCAGCAGUCUUCAUCCGGCUGAACCUGGUCCACCAGAACAAGGACGCGACACCGGGGCACUUCAAGUGGGAACAUGUCACUCCUGUGAAAUGGUCGGAUAAUUACGUUACGCUAUGGCCUCACGAAAAGAUGUUUCUGUAUGUGGACGUGGCGGAGGGCGCAGGGCAUCCAGACAUGCUGCUAGUCCAUGGGAAGAACGUUCACGAGACCGAGGUCCCAUCACAUAGGGCGCAAUUGGCUUUCUUCCAGACGAAUUGA